AUGGCGUCGAAGGCGAUUCGACUUACUCUUGGAAUCUGGUUCGUCUUCGGGGGGAUUUCUCUGCCCACUGCGAACGGAUGGGAACGAGAGGAGACGUUGGACUACGACGAGAAGGUGCAUCUGUCGUGGACGCCUGACGUCCGUGCCGGGGUCAUCGAGUUCGAAUAUGCCGUGAGGACGCUCGGGUGGGUGGGGUUGGGAUUCUCUUCGAGCGGAGGGAUGCGGGAUUCGGAUGUCGUUACGGCUUGGGUCAGGGGUGGGAAGGUCUUCUUCACCGAUAGGCACGUGGGAUCGGAAUACGAAGUCCCUAAAGUGGACAAAGUUAACAACUACAAGCUCGUAUCUGCCGUGGAAAAUGGAUCGACGACCAUCAUUCGGUUCAAGAGGGCAAUCGACACCUGCGACAUCGACGAGGACUAUUACAUCACGGGCGACACGAUCCACGUGAUAUAUGCCUACGGGGAUUCAGACCCCGCUGGAGACGAUCCACCAUAUCACGGCCCAGUCAACAGAGGAUCGAAGUCGUUGUAUCUACUCGACCCGCCACUUGGUGAAAUCCCAGCCGAUCCCUCGAUCAAGAAAUGGCUCGUGACCAGCAACAUGACGAUUCCCAAGGUGGAUACAACUUACUGGUGUUCCAUCCACAAGACGCCCGAGGUGAACGUCACGCACCACAUCAUCGGGUACGAGCCGUACCUGGAUCCCAGGAGCGAGGACUACGUGCACCACCUGAUUCUCUACGCCUGCAGCAUACCGAAGGAGUUGGAGGCCAAGUUCGAUUCGUGGGCGAGACAGGACGGGGUCUUGUGCUACGGACCGGAUCAUCCCAGGGAAUGGAUGCGAUGUCGACUCGCGCUUAUCGGCUGGGCUGUCGGGGGGGAGGGGGAGACCUAUCCAAAGAACGUGGGAUAUGUUCUCCCUGCGGGCGGAAAGUUCUUCAUGAUGGAAAUGCAUUACAACAACCCUGAAAAGGUGACAGGGAUUUAUGAUAAUUCCGGCAUCACUGUCUUCUACACAGCCGCCCUUCGACCUCUGGAAAUGGCCAGUCUGGAAAUCGGCGCCUCCGUCGGCCCCACUCAGAUCAUUCCGGCGAGACAGAAAGUUUUCGUCAACGUUGGCCACUGCAGCUCCAAAUGCACAGCAACUGCCUUCCCAUCUGGAGGGAUUCACAUCUUCUCCGGCCUUCUCCAUUCUCAUUUGAUCGGAAGGAAAUUGCGAGUCCGACUGUUCCGAAACGGCAAGGAAUUGCCCUGGCUCCUGAACGACGACAAUUAUGACUUCAAUUUCCAGCAGGCCCGAGUACUUCGGGAACCAGUCACUCUAUUGCGUUACCUAGCAUUUCACUUGUUUCCAGAAUGCUAUUACAAUUCGUCAAAUCGGAAAUCGGUGACCGUGGGUGGCUUUGGAACCCAGGAGGAAAUGUGUCUGGCAUUCUUUCAGUAUUACCCAGCUCAGAAAAUCGCCUCUUGCCUCAGCCUCCCCAAUUACGAGAAGCUCUUCGCUCUGCUCCGCAUCUCCAAUGUCUGGCUCGACUCGAAAGAUGGCUACGAGUACAUGGUGUCAAACAACGGGAAGAAUCAGACCUUGGUGGACUAUCUCGAUCAGCUGGAUUGGUCGCAUUUCGACAUUGAAGGCUUGCAGCGUUUACUUCGUUACGAUCCGCACAAAGAAUUAUGCAGCAACAAUGAUGGCGAUCUCAUCCUCACAAAGCAGUACAGAUAUAAAGAAAGAGAGACCCUCGACACGAGGGAUUCCCCUCAAUUCAUCCCUGUGAGAAUGGUGUCGAAGGAGAUUCGUUUCACCCUCAGCCUCUGGCUCUUCAUCGGAGGGAUUUCUCUGCCUUCCGUGAACGCAUGGGAACGAGAGGCAAUAUUGGAUCCAGAGGGCAAGGUGCAUCUGGCAUGGACCCCCGACCUCGAUGCAAAGGUCAUCGAGUUUGAAUACACCGUCCAGACCCUCGGAUGGAUUGGAUUGGGUUUCUCUCCCACCGGAGGGAUGCGAGAUUCUGACGUCAUCACUGCCUGGGUUAAGGAUGGACAAAUCUUCUUCGCCGACAGGCACGUUCCUGUGGACCACGAACUCCCAAGAGUAGACGAUGUGCCCAACUACAAUCUGAUAUCUGCUGUGGAAACGGGCACGGCGACCGUUAUACGUUUCACGAGGGAAUUCGACACUUGCGAUCUUGAUCAAGACUACUUCAUCACGGGUGAUACAGUUCGAGUCAUAUUUGCUUAUGGAGAUGCGGAUCCCGAAGGAGAGGAUCCGUAUUACCAUGGAAGCAACAGGGGGACGAAAUCCAUUUAUCUACUCGACCCGCCACUCGGGGAGAUACCCGACGAUCCGUCGAUCAAAGAAUGGAUUGUGACCACCAAAAUUGUGCUUCCUGCCAUGGAUACGACUUAUUGGUGUAAAAUUCACAAGGCACCCGUAUUGGAUACAACGCAUCACGUCAUCGGAUACAAGCCACACGUGAAGCCAGGGAACGAGAGGUACGUGCACCACCUGCAGUUCUUCGGCUGCAACGUCGCUAAAGAGCAAGAGGCAAUGUUCGACUCGUGGGCGGAGCAGGAAGGAGUCGUGUGCGACGGGCCCGAUCACCCAUUGGAAUGGAGGAAGUGUCGCAGUCUCCUUGGAGAUGCCUACCCGGAGAACGUGGGGUACGUCCUUCCUGCAAGCGGGACGUACUUCAUGAUGGAAAUGCAUUACGAUAACCCAGAAUUGGUGUCUGGGGUCCAGGAAGACUCCGGCAUCAAAAUCUACUACACCGACGUCCUUCGACCUCUGGAAAUGGCGACCGUGCAAGUCGGCGCACAGGUCGAACCUACACAGAUAACCCCAGCGAGACAGAGCCUAUUCUACAAUAUCGGUCACUGCAGCCCCUCGUGCACGCAAGCCACGUUGCCAACUGAAGGGAUCCACGUCUUCGCCGGAAUCCUCCAUUCGCAUUGGAUCGAAUGCGAUUUUGAUUCGUCGGAUCGGGAUUCGGUGACCAUCGGUGGUUUCAAAACCACGGACGAGAUGUGUCUGGCGUUCCUUCAGUACUAUCCAGCCCAGAAUAUUGCUUCUUGCCUGAGUGUUCCCGAUUAUGAUGCAAUCAAAAACCUGUUCGGCAUAACCGACCUCUGGUUUAACCCGGAAACUUACGAAUACAUGGUAUCGGAGAACCAGACCAUCAUCGACUAUCUGAAUGAGUUUGACUGGUCCGGAAUCGACUUGGAAAGCUACCAGCAUCUCCUUCGUUACGAUCCUCAUUGGACAUCUUGCAUGAAUAACGACGGGGAACUCAUCGUCGGCAUCUUCCACUUGGUGGACUUAUUGGGACCCGAUCUAGAGCAUAGAACGAAGAGGAACUACACGUUAUCGCUACUGCUGCAGAUCUGCUGCGCUCUUCGGUUCUACGGGUGCGGGUCCUUUCAGGACUUCCUUCAGUCCUUUCAGGACCCGCACCCAGUGUCUGAGACCACAACCUGA